AUGGAGGUGAUAUUUAAUCUUCAUUUUCCUUAACGGAUUCUCUCUCGAGGCGCCACCGUCUGCACCUUCUCCAUCACUAUCGCCGCUGCUCACGCCUCGUCGUAACUUCUAGAAGGAUUAUCUCUUUAUCAGAGUUUAAGAGCCAUGGCAACAUUUACUGCUAUAGCUUUUGAUAGGCUGUUAGAACCUGGAGCCUCCAGACCUGUCGAGAACUCCAGUUCUACUUUAAAACCACCUAUCCACCCAAAGCCUAGUACUAACUCUAAGAUGGAGAGGGGCAGCAGUACAUCAGUAAAAAGGAAGGUUAACCGCCCCCAAAUGUCACCUUCCCUCUAUGCUACUCCUGAGGCAACCCCACUACCUGAUUCACCAUCUUCUUUCUGUCCUUCUCCUUACAUCAUCAAUCACAAGCGUCGUGGGCCUCGCCUUUCAAAGAGCUUUUCUGAGGCUAAUGUAUCAUCUCUGGAAAAAAUCCUAGAAGAAGAUGAGAUUAAUGGGAAAGCAAAGUUGGAAGAAAGCAAACCUGUUGAUGAACGUAAGGAUGGUUUUGUUGCUUUUAGCAUUUCUGAACCUAAUGAAGAGGAACAUGAGAAUGGUGCCCCCUGUAUUUGUCCUAUGAACAUAGAGCCCGAAAAUGGUGUCCAUGGCGGUUACAUUCAGGAGGUGUACACAAAUGCUGUGCUGAAGGUUGGACCGUUGAACUUGGACAUAAGUAGCGACAGUGAAGAUUUCUUUGAUCCAAAUGAAUCGAUGAGUGUCACAAGUAAUACUGAGGUAGGAGAUGAUACUGGGGCUGAAAGUGCUGCAAGGAUUGCUACAUCAGGGGUAGAAUUUUUUGAUGCAUGGGAUGAAUUAUCCUGUGGGAGUGCACCACAGACUAUUCAUCGUGACAUUGAAGCUGAACUUUGGGAAAUAAGAUUGAGUUUACUUACAGAGUUAGAAAAGAGGAAGCAGACAGAAGAGGCUCUAAAUAAGAUGCAAUCUAAGUGGCGAAGAAUCAGCCAAGAGUUGGGUGACGUGGGAUUGUCAUUGCAUGUGGAUCUUCUUAAUGCGACAGAGGAUGAACUUGUGAAUCAAGCUGAAGAAUUGAGACAGCAACUGUGUGCUGCACGAUUUGUAUCAUUAUCUGUGGGAAGAGGCAUCACAAGGGCAGAGAUGGAGAUGGAGAUGGAAGCUCAAAUCGAAUCAAAGAACUUCGAAAUUGCUCGAUUGUUGGACCGUCUGCACUACUAUGAGACCAUGAAUCGUGAAAUGUCUCAGAGGAACCAAGAGGCAAUAGAGAUGGCACGGCGUGACAGACAAAGGAAGAAAAGAAGGCAGAGAUGGGUCUGGGGUUCGGUUGCCACCGCAAUCACCCUCGGGACAGUGGUCUUGGCCUGGUCUUACCUCCCAACAGGGAAAGGAUCUUCUGAUGAUAGCAUUUCCAAUGGUUCAGAUGAUAAUCCAACAGCUAAGUAAUAAUUAUUAAUAACUCAGUACUAUAGCUUGUGAGAACCUAUCUGUCCGUAUUGGUCAUCAUAGCAAUUGAAUAAGACCCAAAUACAUAUUUCUUCCUUGUGAAUACUAAUAAUAGCACUCUCUCACGCCUUCUUUAGUUGAGUAGCCGUGAGAUAUCUGAUCUGUGGACGUAUAGUGCAAUUCAUAUAAUAUUUAAGUUGUUUCCUUCCCUGACAAUCUGGGAGGACAUGAAUUAUCAAAUGUAUUCUUUGUUAAUG